GUGGCUUCCUGCUUCAAAAGUUUGGGAAGUUAAUUUUUUCUUCUUCUUUUUUUUUACCAGUCCAGAAAGCGCCGUUUCCCGUCCAUAUCUCUAAUAGUCCUCAAACUAUUUGACCGAAAAAAAAAACAAGAAAGAAAGAAAGAAAAUCAACAAAACAUGACGUCUAAUUCCAACGUGUCCAACAUGCGUCGACUUGUUGAACAACUGAAACUCGAAGCCAGUUUGGAACGGAUUAAGGUGUCUCAGGCAGCGGCAGAGCUCCAGCAGUACUGCCAUCAGAAUGCGGCUAAAGAUGCUCUGCUGGUCGGGGUUCCGGCAGGCUCCAACCCCUUCAGAGAACCACGAUCCUGUAACCUGUUCUAAGGUCAGGACACAAAAAAAGCGGAGUCAUACAGAGGAAAACUUACGAAACAACGAUGAAGAAGUGAUCAGGCUGCAUUCAUUGAGAGAUAAAUGUUUCCUCUUGUGCCACGUGGCUUUGUUAUGUUUUUUAAAAUAAUAUAUAUCAUAUGAAGGAAUAAUAGUUUUGUAUAUUGGAGCUCAUUUUUUACAUUUGUUUCUUGGAUGUUAGUAUUUUUAGUCCCAAAGUUCUUUUUAUUUUUAUUUUUACUAGUUUGGUAACAUUUAAUAUAAAUUUGAUCUGAUACAG